AUGCCAAUUGGUUUAAUAUUAUCUAAAAUUGGUCUCCUAAACCAUAGCUUUGCAAAUAAGUUUGAUUAAUACCUUGUUUCUGGUACUUACGCUGGAGAGUUAAUAGAAUGGAAGUAAUAUCUUCCUUAGGCAAUAACUGAUUUAGUCUUUAAGUAUAGUGGUGAUUAUGGAUUUAGAUUGUUGCAAGAAUAUCUAUCUUCUGUCUUCUUAUUUUUUGUUAGCUCGACUAUCCUUUAUUUUACAGUGUCUACUUUUAUGUAUUUAAUGCUGUUUGUUUUCUUUAGAAAGACUUUUCUCCCUAACCAUAAAGGAGGAAAUUUUAAGAUUUGGUUUGAUAUAAAAUGGUCAUUUUAUGUGAUUGUUUUCCAAUCAUUUGCUAUGUCAUUUUUAAAUUUAUUGAUUCCAAGAUACUCUCUCGUCUAUUAUGACAUCAAUGAAUAUCCUAAGUGGUGGUAUUACCUCACAUUCUUACUACAUCUUGCUUUUAAUGAAACAUGGAUUUAUUGGACUCACUAUUUUGGUCACUAUACUUAGUUUGGCUACCAAAAACUCCACUGGGUUCAUCAUGUGUCAAUAGAAUUCACUCCUUUUAGUGGCUGGACUUUCCAUCCCUUAGACGCCUUUUUGCAAGGAUGUAAUACACUUUUAAGUUGCUACUUCUUCCCAAUACACAUCAGUGUAAUUCAAUUUUACUCACUUUUUGGAGGACUGUGGUCAAUAUUUCUACAUGAUAACAUACCUUGGAUACCUCUUAAAAUAUUUAUGUACUCUCCUAACCACACAAUACAUCACAUUUAAGGCCAUGGUAGGUUAUCUAAUCUUGGUCACAUGACUACAGUAUGGGAUAGAAUAGUAGGAACAUACGAAGACCCUGAUAUUGUAGACUAUGGAUGGCAUUAGUUCCCUUCAUUCAUAAAAUUCUGUAAUUUCUUUAAUAAUAUAUAUGACUAAAUAUGUCCUGACAGAUCCUCUAAAUGGAAAGGAAAUAAAUCCAUACCUGAUAAAAAAUAAGACUGA